UUUUUUUUGCAUUCUACACACAUUCUCUUUCCUUUCAUUUCUCUUAUUUCUUUUUCUAAUAGCAUUGCAUUUCGCAUAUACUGCGUUACAUAUCAACACAAUGAAGUCAGCACCAAUGCCAGCUGGGAUCCCUUUCCCUGAAUACUAUGACUUCUUCAUGGACUGGAAGACGCCAUUAGCCAUUGCUGCUACCUACGCAAUCUGCGUCAGCUUGUUCAACCCCAAAGUCGGCAAGGUCUCUCGCGUGGUUGCUAAAUCCACCAAUGCUAAGCCUACCGACAAGACAGAGUCCAGCGCUGCCAUGACCGCCUUUGUCUUUGUUCACAAUCUGCUCUUAUGUAUCUACUCUGCCAUCACCUUCUACAACAUGUUUCCUGCGAUGAUCAACAACUUUAGAACACAUAGUCUUCAUGAUGCUUACUGCGACACCGACAAAAGCCUCUGGAACAAUGCUCUCGGUUACUGGGGCUACCUCUUCUAUCUCUCAAAGUUCUACGAAGUCAUUGAUACUAUCAUCAUCAUCCUCAAGGGACGCCGCUCAUCACUCCUCCAGACCUACCACCAUGCUGGCGCCAUGAUCACCAUGUGGUCAGGCAUUAACUACCAGGCAACACCCAUCUGGAUCUUUGUAGUCUUCAACUCCUUCAUCCACACUGUUAUGUACUGCUACUAUGCCUGCACUUCCAUCGGUAUUCACCCUCCAGGCAAGAAGUACCUCACCUCAAUGCAGAUCACUCAAUUCUUGAUCGGAACUCCCCUCGCCAUGUCUUACCUCCUCGUCCCUAGAUGUGUCACCACCCCUGGCGCUCAAAUGGCUGUCUGGAUCAACGUUGGUUAUCUUUUCCCUCUUACUUAUCUCUUUGUCGACUUUGCCAAGCGUACCUAUUCCAAGCGUACUACUCUGAAGAAGGUCGACUAAAGCGGAGAAAAAAAAGGGAAAAAAAAAAAACCACCCUCUCCUCUCUUCUUUUUCUAAAUCAUACCAACUUGCAUCAAUACCUUUUUCCAUAUCAUCCAUAUAACAUGUAUCAAGCCUGGCUUUCUUUUACCCUUCC